AUGGAGCAGCAGCAGAGCGCGUCCUGCUUCGCGGGUUCCGGGGCUCAGGGACAGGAGCGCGUCUACCCGCGGGGCCCGCUAGGCAAGCUGACGCGUUAUGGGGUCGCGGCGCUCGCGGCUCCCGCUCCUUUCCCCGGAGCCCCGCAACUUUGCUCCGCCUGCGGCUUGAGGCAGCCCGGAGCCCUUCGGAGCCUCCCGAUCUCCUGGCUUGCCUUGCGCGCUGAGCGUGGGCUCUGUGACUUUCGGGUACAGCUGGCCCUGCUCGGUGACACUGUCGUCCGGCACCAAAUACGAAGGGAGCUGCCUCGUCGCGCCCGCGGGGCCGCAGGCCGCUUGUUCCGCCGGGCCGCAGCGGCGCCAAGCGGCCGUGACGUGAGCUCUCCCUUCAGCCGGCCUGCGGGGCACCGCCAGUCAGUCUGGGAGCAAGAGCCCCGCGCGGAGCGGGCGCGGGCUCGGCCAUUGGCGCGCCGCCGCCCGGGGGCUGGGCUUAGGGCUGCAGGCAGAGAGGCGGCGGGCCGGACGCGCGCGGCCACGGCCUCGGCCGGCGGCUCGGGUCCCGAGCAGAAGGAGAGCGGCGGCGGGUGCAGCCGCUGGAACGGAGGGCGGAUUUUGGCUCAGCGGGCGAGCCCUCCGCUCCCUCUCGCAGCCGCACCAAACGCCGAGUCGGGUCAGAGCGAGGGAGGAGGACCCAGGACCCUUACUCCUGGCCCCGGUAGCCGCUGGAGUUCGGACUUCUGCAACUGUUGGCACUUUGGGGGACUGGUUUUGUUUUUGACUGGUUCCCCUUCUCUUCUCUCUACCUUGAACACAAACCUCCCGUCCGCCCUCCGCACUCGCGCAUCCACCCACAGCCGCCGGGGAGCGGCCCGGAGCGCACUUAGGAACAUGAGGAGACUUGGGACUUGCCUGGCGACUUUGGCCGGACUUUUGCUAACUGCAGCAGGGGAGACGUUUUCAGCUCUACAUUGAUCUCUGGAAUUAAUGUUGGUGAGCUCCUGAGGUCUCUAAAAUGAAAAUGGGAAGGACCAUGGCUCUUUUUCAUCCCUGAGAAGGUAACUGAAGUUGGU